AUGUACAGAAACGCUUUAAAACCUUCUGUCUACUCACAGUUUAUAUCUGGUUUCCGGACACCGUCUCAUGCCUGCUUGGGGGCCACGUCUUUUUCGGUGAGACAUUCCAGCUGGUUUUCAAAAUUGAUAUACCCAUUCUCCAGCCCUGGUCAGUCUAUCACGGAGUCAUACAAGCCGUCCAGCGUUAAUGGAAAUCAAUGUUUUUUGCCAAUACGCAGUGAUAAUGAACUUGAAGAUACGCUGCGAGCCAACAACAGAAAUCCCUUGAUUUUCAACUUCACAGUGCGCGGCGAUGCCAAGUGCAACGAGCUGACGGGAGCUCUGAACAGAAUUGUGCUGCUAGAAACUGACAAGAAAGUGAAUAUCGCCGAUGUGGAAACCGACUACUUGGAAGUUCGCGAUUCGAUGCUCAGAUAUGGGGUCAAGCAUGUGCCCACGUUAAUCGCGGUAAGAAAAACGUUCUUGGUCGAUUCCUACGUAGGUGACAAAGGUAAACCUGUCAACUGGCUGGAUCUCAAGAAGUGGAUCGAGAAGAAUGCCGAUUGA